AUAGUAACGGUAGGAAAUCCACAGAGAAACAAGCAUGAAAGUGGGACAAGUAUUGCACAUGAACGGAGGCACUGGACACACAAGCUAUGCAUAUAAUUCCUUACUUCAGAAAAAGGUCAUUUCUUUGACAAAGGAAAUGAGAGAGGAAGCAAUAAGGAAUCUCUACUGCAGAACAUUCCCAAAAAGACUAGGAAUUGCGGAUUUAGGUUGUUCUUCUGGACCAAACACUUUGUUUGUGAUAUCUGAGGUUAUCAAAUUAGUUGAGAAACUAUGCAAAGAAAAGAACCAUGAAUCUCCAGAGUACCAAGUUUUCUUGAAUGAUCUUCCAGGGAAUGAUUUUAACAACCUUUUUGAGUCCCUUGAGAGAUUCAAAGAGAAACUAAAUGAUGAAGUUGAUGGUGAAAUUGGUCCAUGUUUUUUCAAUGGGGUUCCUGCUUCUUUUUAUGGCAGGAUUUUUCCAUCUAAAACAAUGCAUUUUAUUCAUUCCUCUUACAGCCUUCAAUGGCUAUCUCAGGUUCCUAAAGGUGUAGAGAACAAUAAGGGAAACAUUUACAUGGCUAGCACAAGCCCCAUAAACGUGCUGAAGGCUUACUACAAUCAAUUUCAAACAGAUUUCUCAUUAUUUCUCAAGUGUCGUGCAGAAGAACUCGUUGAAAGAGGUCGUAUGAUUUUAAUAUUUUUGGGAAGAAAAAGUGACCAUCAAUAUAGCAAAGAGAGUUGUUAUAUUUGGGAGCUUCUUGCUAGUGCUCUUAAUGACAUGGUCUUGGAGGGAAUCAUAAUGGAAGAGCAAAUGGACACUUUCAACAUUCCUCAAUACGCACCAUCCUCAUCAGAAGUAAAAUUAGAGAUUUUGAAAGAAGGGUCGUUCACCAUUGAUCGUCUUGAGGUAACAGAAAUACAUUGGAAUGCUUAUAAUGAUUGGAAUGAUACCAAUUUCGAAAGUAGUUUGCCCAAAUCGCGCAUUGAUGGGGCAAUCAACGUCACAAAUUGCAUGAGGGCCGUGGCUGAACCUUUGUUGGUCAAUCACUUUGGAGAAGCUAUUAUUGAUGAAGUUUUCGUACGAUACCAAGAAAUUUUAGUUGAUCGAAUGUCUAAGGAGAAAACUGAAUUCGUUAAUGUGAGCAUAUCAAUGACCAAAAAAGUAUGACUUAUAGUUAAUUUGCAUAACUUUGAUUAAUGUUGUGUACUAUUUAUAAUUUGCAUAAACCUUAUAUGUAUUUAUUUGUAAAAUCAGAAAUAAUACAUAUGUGAGAUUAUAUUUGGUAA